AAUAUGGAAAAAUAUUUACAAAACGUGCCAAACAAUGGAAACUGAAACUGAUCCAGCAGAAUAUUUCGACAGUUAUGAAGAUCUGAAGGUGCACGAGUUGAUGCUCACGGACAAACCGCGCCAAACCGCCUACCGAGAUGCGAUCCUCGGGAACCGCGAUCUUUUCGAGGGCAAAACGGUGCUCGAUGUCGGUGCCGGAACAGGAAUCCUGUCUAUCUUUAGUGCGCAAGCGGGUGCGACGAAGGUGUACGCGGUCGAGGCCUCCAACCUUGCUCGGCUGGCACGAGAAGUGGUUAAGGAAAACCAUUUCGAGAACGUAAUCGAGGUGAGCGAGUGUCGGGUGGAAGAUUUUCGACUACCGCCCGGCGAACAGGUCGACAUCAUUGUGUCCGAGUGGAUGGGAUUCUUUUUGCUACACGAAGGCAUGCUCGAUUCGGUGCUCUACGCGAGGGACAAUUUUCUCAAACCGACCGGACUGAUGUUUCCCGAUACGGCCACAAUCUACAUUGCCCCUUGCAGUGUCCCGUCGCGGUUCGAUCAAUGGGAUGACCUAUCUGGUGUGAGUAUGGCAUGCUUCGGACGUGCCCUGCGCCAACAGAGCUCCAAGAAGCCAGAAGUGCUCACGGUCGCCCCGAAGCACCUACUUCACGAAGGACACGUAGUGACUUGGUUGGAUUUGAAAGAAGUCACUGCCGAUGAGUUGCACGAAUUCGAGGUUAAGGAAGUACUAGUUGCCCAGCGAGCAGGAAAAUUGCAAGGUUUUUGCAUUUGGUUCGAUUGCACAUUUCCCACCGGCGAGCGGGGCGGUAAAGUGGCCACCGAUGUCGUACUGUCCACAAAUCCAACCGCGCCGGAAACACACUGGAAGCAAACCGUUAUUCCCCUGCCAGAAGGAGCCUGCGAAGAACUAGAAGAGCGGGAUCCUUUGGCGUUCACGCUGACGAUAACGCGGAACAGGGAAACCAAGCGAAGAUAUGACCUGCAACUAAUGCUGCUGGACGCGGAAAAAGAGGAUCAUGGUUUGCCUUGUGAGUGUCAAAUGACAAAGUGUAUCCUAAUGAAAGCGCAUCUCGAAAAAAUGCAAGUAGACCAGUGACAAUAAACACAAUG